CCAGAGCAGCCAGGCUUGGCAGGCAGCCGUGUUGGAGCCAAAUCUCUUCCCCAGAGAAGAACCUAGCAGGCAGCAGAGACUAUGGAGCUAGCCUCGGCUCGUCUCCUCAGAGGGCAGAUUCCCUGGAGGGGACUACUGCUCACAGCCUCACUUUUAACCUACUGGAGCCCUCUCACCACUGCCCAAGUCACCGUAGACGCUGUGCCACCCAACGUUGUUGAGGAGAACAGCGUUCUUUUACUCGCUCACAAUAUGCCGCAGGAGUUCCAAGUCUUUUACUGGUACAAGGGAACCACUCCGAAUCUAGACAGUGAAAUUGCACGAUAUAUAAGAUCCGAUAAUGUGCAUCAAACAGGACCUGCAUACAGCGGCAGAGAGACAAUAUACAGCAAUGGAUCCUUGUUCUUCCAAAAUGUCACCAAGAAGGACGAGGGAGCCUACACACUAACUGUGAUAGAUCAACAAUUUAAUCCUAUACAAACGUCUGUGCAAUUUCGUGUAUACCCCUAAAAGUAUCACUUGCAUUUAAUUCUCCUUUGAUUGCUCUUCCUAACUGGGACCAAGUUCUGGGAAAGAAGGCUGAUGUUCACUCGUGAACCCCAGAGAUUUCAUCGGCUGAUGGUGUCCCGCUUCACCUCCCUCCGCCAGCAAUAAAGUCAGCAAAACUUCUACAAACA